CAGAGGCGGCUGCCUGCAAGACCCUGCCCGGGGGGGAACACUUCCCACAGCGGCCGCCAGGGGAUCACGGAAGUCUCCGCUCCGUUGAGUUUCAUGUUUCCUGGGAUGAUCGAUGAUGAUGUUUGUGUAGAUAUGCGAGCGUCAGACCCUGUGCGAUAUCAGAUGGACAAAGAAGUGUCGGAGCUCUCUGUCCCGGUCCCGUGGGGAGAGAUCAGGGGUAAAGUCUGGGGUCCUGACCACGGUCGUCCCGUGCUCUGCCUGCACGGCUGGGCGGACAACUGCGGUUCAUUCGACACCCUCAUCCCGCUGCUGCCUAGAGAGUGCAGGUAUGUGGCGGUGGACCUGGCGGGUCACGGUCGGUCAUCACAUCGCCCCGCUGGAGUUUUGUACUCUGCACUUGCGUACGUGGCGGAUGUUCACAGAGUCGUCGAUGCUCUGCACCUGAAGAAAUUCUCCAUCAUAAGCCACAGUAUGGGUGCUGACAUCGCUGGAAUAUUCAGUGCUCUAUAUCCUGAGAUGGUGGAUGCUCUCGUAUUUCUGGACUCUUAUGGAUUCUUACCAACUGAUACGAAAGAACUCACCGAGGUGUUGAGGCAGGGGAUGGAUGGAAUGAUUCAGUUUGAAAAAAAGACAGAAAAAAAGAGAAGAGUUUACACGUACAAGGAGGCAGUUGAGAGGCUUUUGGUGGCAAACCCGACUCUGUCUGAACAGUCUGUGCACAUCCUGUUUGAGCGAGGUCUAGUGGAAGUUGAAGGAGGAUUUGUGUUCUCCAGAGACCUGCGAGUUAAUUUUAAAAACAUGCUUUGCCUCAGUUUGGAGCAGAGUCUGGAGUUGCUGUCGAGGAUUCGAGUGUCUGUUCUAGUUGUUCUAGUAGAAGACUGUGAUAGCAAAAAUUCCGGACAAGCCCCAAAGAAAUUCACUCCAACACUUCUCCAAAUAUUUCGGGACAGAAAUCACAAGGUGGUGACGUUACCGGGCAAUCAUCACAUCCAUCUGACUAAUCCCGAGGUCAUCGCUCCGCUUGUGACUGACUACCUGCGAACUGAAGCUUCGUCAUUGUCAACCAAGAGGGAGCACAAGUUAUAAAAUACAAACAUCACAUUCACACAGCACACAGUUCAGUCAUGUUAUCCACUUGUUUUUAAGAUGAACCUGUGUGAGUCUUUCACAAGUGUACAAAAGCUGCCAUGAAGUGACAUCAUUGCUUCCUCAAUGUGUUGAUUUAUGAUAUUUUUGUUGAAAGAGACAUGAAUGAAGUGCAGAAAAGACCUUUUGCUUUUAGAGAGAUUCAGUGGAUAUUUAAAAACGAGGCCCACUCAAUUAGAUUGAUGAAUAUCAACUAUAUAGAUAGAUUACCUACACUUUUACCUAGCAGUCAGGGGUUUGUACACAAUAUAUAUUUAACCAAUGACUGCCACAAAUAUUUGCAUGUAAACUAUUAAUUAAAAAAUGCAGAACAUCACAGAGAAA